UUUGCGCGACCUUUUUGGGAGAGCCCGCCCUUGAACCGUCUCUAAAUAUAAUUUCGUUGAAAACCCAGACGGAACUGAUGCGAUCACGAUAUGGAGGAUAUUCGCCCUUCGCCGGACAUGGAUCCCAUCGUAGUCAUCGGCUUCGAUGCUCGGCUCCCUCAGGAUGCCUGCUCAGCCCAGGAAUUCUGGAAGAUGCUCUACCGAGGCCGGAAUGCCACGACGAGCGUACCGAAGGAGAGAGUGAACAUGGAUGCAUUUUACCAUCCAAACCCAGACCGCACUGACACUGCAAAUGUGCGCACAGGAAACUUUAUCACAGGAGAUAUUGGAGCAUUUGAUGCCCCAUUUUUCUCAAUACAGCAGAUCGAAGCAGAAUCUAUGGAUCCUCAGCAGAGGCUUUUGUUAGAAACAUCUUAUAGGGCUCUAGAAAAUUCCGGUACGCCACUGGACAAAAUCCAAGGCUCCAAGACCUCCGUGUAUGUCGCGGCAUCGACAAGAGACUAUGAAGUCAUUCUCUAUCGUGACCCUGAAUUGACACCCAAGUAUAUGGGUACGGGAAUUGGCACGUCACUGUUGGCUAACAGAGUCAGCUGGUUUUUUGACCUGCGAGGCCCGAGUAUCGCCUUGGACACAGCAUGUUCAUCUGGUUUGGCGGCUGUCCACUUGGCAUGUCAGAGUCUCAAAUCGGGUGAAUCAAAUUUGGCGCUUGUCGGCGGUGUCUCACUCAUCUUAGCGCCAGAAGUAAACAUGAAUCAGCUUUCAACGUUGGGCUUCCUCUCGCCAGACGGUCGUUCGUAUAGUUUUGACUCCCGCGCAAAUGGCUAUGCGAAAGGCGAAGGGGUUUGCGUUGUAGUGCUCAAGCGACUAUCAGACGCAAUCCGCGAUAACGACACUAUUCGAGGAGUCAUUCGUGCAACAACAAUAAAUCAAGACGGCAGAACCCCGGGUAUCACACAGCCAAGUAGGCGAGCCCAAACGGAAAAUAUCCGACGAGCGUACGAAGAGGCAAACCUCGAUUUGAAUGACACACAUUACUUUGAAGCCCACGGAACUGGCACUGCGGUGGGCGACCCGCUUGAAGCAGAGGCUAUUCAUAAUGCUUUUCAACGUCCACCUGAUAGGCCGCUCUGGAUCGGUGCCUUGAAGGCCAAUAUAGGCCAUUUGGAAGCUGCUGCUGGAGUGGCGAGUCUUAUCAAAGCCGUUCUCGUCCUGGAGAAAGGUAUUCUCCCACCAAACGCUGACUUUCAGGUGCCGAAUCCAAAUAUACCGAUAGAUAAAUAUAACUUCAAGUUUUUGAAAAGCCCCAUGCCUUUCCCGACAGAUGGUCUUCGCCGAAUGAGUAUUAAUAAUUUUGGUUAUGGAGGAACCAAUACUCACGCAAUUGUUGAUGAUGCCUUUAAUUACCUCAGAAUGCAUGGUUUGCGGGGAAAGCAUUUUUCUGUUGUCAAACCACCACAAGCCCUAGACAACCCCCAAACUUCAACAUCAUCUCAUUCCACCUCCCAGGAAACCGCGAAUACGGGCAAUAUUGAAAAUACAAACGGCUAUCACAAUGGUUCUUCACCGGUGAAAACGAAUGGACGCCCUAAUGGACACCGUAAUGGCAAUUCGAAUGGCAAUGGGCAUACCUCCUUUGGACCUGGUCUAAAUCGCCCGAUUGUAUUGCCGUUCUCAUCGGCAGACGAAAGUGGGAUUGAACGGACGUUGAAAACAUAUCAAGAAUACUUCAGCAAGCUUGAAAAAGAGCAAUCGGUCGAUGAAGAGCGGGAGUACUUGCAGAAUCUCUCGUACACACUUUCCACGCGUCGUAGCAACCUUCCAUGGAAGUCGUUCUCAGUGGUCAGCUCCAUGGACCAGCUCCGAUCGGGUGAUCUAAUCGCGUCGAAGCCUCAGAGAUCAUCUGCUGCGCCAUCGCUGAGUUUUGUAUUUACUGGCCAGGGUGCGCAGUGGUAUGCUAUGGGUCGCGAGCUGUCUCUAUAUCUCGUAUAUUUCGAAAGUAUGCGGAGGUCAGAUAGCUACAUGAAAGAUCUCGGUUGCCCUUGGAGCUUAAUAGAUGAACUGCACAAGGACGAGUCUCUCUCCUUAGUGAGCCGACCGGAAUUCUCUCAACCUCUUUGUACUGCGUUACAGAUCGCAUUGGUCGAUCUGCUAGAUAGCUGGGACAUCAAGCCCGUAGCGGUUGUUGGCCACUCGUCAGGCGAGAUCGCAGCGGCGUACUGUGCUGGUGGUCUGUCUCAUAAGUCUGCUAUUCGGGCAGCUUUCUACCGAGGUCUACUGGCCUCUCAACUUUUGAAGGAACAGCCCAAUUCAGGUGCUAUGAUAUCAGUUGCGCUAUCGGAGACCGAAAUUCAACAACAUAUUAAAGAAGCUAUGCAACGGACAGGAGAGACUCUUUCCGUUGGUUGUGUGAAUAGUCCUCAAAAUGUCACGGUAACCGGAGGAACUAAUGCGGUUGAAGCGUUGUCACAACUCAUGCAGAAUGAAGGUGUUUUUGCGAGAACGUUGUCCACGGGUAUUGCAUAUCAUUCCCGUUUUAUGGAUGCUAUCAGUGCCGAGUACCUUGCUAAACUUGGCAAGCUGGAGCCAGGCUCAAUGUCUGGCAACUCACCCCUGUUCUUUUCUUCAGUAGACGGAGCGAUGAUUCCCGUAAAGAACACAUGCAAUCCGACAUAUUGGGUUCGGAAUUUGGUUGGUCAAGUUGCAUUCCUAUCUGCCCUGCAAGAUAUGACUUUAUACCUCUUAGAGGAACGGAAAAAGAAUGGCUCCAAUAAGAGUGGGAAGGACAUCCUGCUCGAAAUUGGUCCACAUGGUGCCUUGCAACGACCAAUCAAAGAAACAGUCAAAGACACCCCAGGCGCCAGAGAUAUUGACUAUAUUCCAACACUCACUCGUAACAUGCAUGCUUUGGUAUCAAUCAGCAAUCUUACUGGUCGGCUUCGAUGCAGCGGGAUUCCUGUUGACCUUCUUCAAGUCAACUUUCCCAACGCUGAUGUGAAAGAAGCGCGUGCCCUCAUUGAUUUGCCGGCUUAUAAAUUCAAUCAUAGCACAAAAUACUGGCAGGAAAGCCGACUUAGUCGAAACUUUCGUUUCCGACAGCAUCAGCGGCAUGAAUUGCUUGGCAAUCGCGAGACAGAUUGGAACCCUUUGCGACCGAAAUGGAGAAAUGUUAUUAGAUUAGCUGAGAAUGGCUGGAUACUUGAUCAUCAGGCAAGUACUCCCUACCUGCUUCGAUUCCUCACAUACCCCUGCGUCGCCUUUCCAAAUCAUCUCUAUCCUGCAUCUGGAAUGCUAGUUAUGGUAAUCGAAGCCGCGCGCUCUUUGGCUGGGUCUCAAUCUGUCUCGGGAUACUUCUUGAGUAAUGUCAACUUCCCGGCAGGUCUUCGAAUUCCUCAGGAUGUGGAUUCGGUCGAGGCUCAAAUCAUCUUCAAUCCCGUACAGCCGGGAAUGCCAGACCAGUGUCGCAUAUAUGACUUUCAGAUUUUUGCAUAUUUUGGCGAAGCCUGGCAUGAACUAUGCCAUGGCACAAUCGAGACCAAAAUCAACGAUGGCAAAGUUAUACAGGAAGGGGUACAGACCGAGGUAGAGAGGCAGCGCUUGCAAAAAAUAUUGAACGGAGAAUCGAAUCAACGUUGGGAUGAAGUCAACUCAAAGGAGUUUUAUGAGGCUAUUAACGAGUACGGAAUGAGCUUUGGUCCUGCAUUCCAGGGACUUCAAGAAGUACGGGUUGCAAGCCGACAGGCUACCGCAAAGAUCGAGCUCGAUAAAUGGAACCGUGAAAAUGCCAAAUUUACUCCGACACCUCAUAUUAUUCAUCCAACCGAUUUAGACACCAUAUUCCAGUCGAGUAUCGCGGCCUUCAGCCACGGUGGUCGACUCCCCAUUCCCGUUUUGAUCCCACAAAAGAUCCGCUCUAUAUGGGUUUCGCACGAGCUUCUUGGCCGGAGUACCAAAGAGACCUUGAAGGUUUUCAAUAAUGUUGAAACAAGGGGAUAUCGAGAGGCAGACUUUUCCAUCGCGGCGGUCAAUGAACAGCGCCGGCCGCAAGUGCUUGUGAACGGCCUGUCCCUCACAUUCGUCAAGGAUGCCAGGUGGAUGGAACGAGCUGAUCAAGAAGCCCGACGGACCUGUUGGUCUCUUGCCUGGAAACCUGAUCCAUCCUUUCUUACCAACAAAGACCUCAUUGAUAUGUGUGCGAGCGAUGACAAGGCCGCUACAGCGGCAUCUCUCGUCGAGCUUUUUGCCUAUCAGAACCCAAUCAUGAGGAUUUUGGAAGCCGGAGAUGUUCCUGUGGCUACUUCGCAAAAGGUCCGGGAUCGACUGACGAAUUAUGGUUUAGAUAUAGAUGGGAAGCCAAGUCUGCCUCUUUUCCGCACAUACACCAUCACGAAUUCUCAAAAUUCGGAUACUAAUGAUGAUACCAACUCCGAAUCUGAUCGAUUAUUUAGAAGAACGCUAGACACCGUAAAUAGUUUUGAUGAGCAGGGGUUUAUUGACUGCCACUAUGACUUGCUCAUUUGCAACGAUCGCAAAUAUCUACUCACAGCUGCUCCAGAAGGUCUGAGCAACAUUAAGCAUCUGUUAGAACCAAAUGCCAAGAUCCUGCUUCUUGACGAAUUUGUUGUGCUCUCUAAGGCAGAUCUGGACAAUCUGGAAGAUUUCCCCUCAGAUCAAGCGCAGUUUGUGAAUGGGGAUCUUUCGUCCUUAUCAACUUCGGGGACUUCCAGCAUUCUCGAAUCUGCAGGCAGUGGAAGUACAAUCAUCAUCGCUCCGAAUUCAGAUCUCCAAAGGGGUAUAGCCGAAGUCCUCCGAAGACGACUUUUGAGCAAGCUUGGAUCUCCGGAUAUCGUUACAUUAGAAGACAUUAGCCCUGCACAAUACGAAGGACGACACUACAUAUCUUUACUCGAAUUGGAUGGAUCUGUCUUUCAAGAUAUAAGCAACAAUCAAUGGGCCAUGUUCAAACAGAUCUUAUCCACGGCGAAGUCUCUGUUAUGGAUGACCAAGGGUCAAAGUGCGGAUAAGAGCCUUGUAUCCGGCUUAGGGAGAGUCAUUCAAUCCGAAUACCUUGAUCUGCGAUUCGUCGAAGUUGCAUUGGAAACAUCAACCUCGAAGGACCGGGCGACCAAUCACAUUCUUUCAGUUCUUCAAAAAACUCUUCUGGCAGAAGACGUGGACCUCGAGACAGAAUAUCGUGAGAAAGAUGGAAAGCUGUGCCUAGGCCGAAUCAGCGAGACUACCACUGUAAAUUCUAUGAUCCGUUCGUCGACUGGUCUCUCGCGCCCUAGUAUACAACAGUUUGGUGCAGACACGCAGCGAGUGCUUAACCUUUCUAUUACUUCUCCAGGACUGCUGGACACUUUGCAGUUUGAAGAUGACCCUGAUUAUGCUCUCGCUUUGGGCCCGACUGAGGUUGAGAUCAGAGUCCGCUCGACCGGUAUGAACUUCAAAGAUAUCCUCAUUGCCAUGGGCCAGAUUUCUGGAAACAGACUUGGUUUUGAAUGCUCUGGAAUCGUCAGUCGUGCUGGUCCGCAGGCUGGGUUUACACCUGGUGAACGAGUGAGUUGUUGUACGUUAAGCGGGGCCUACAAGACCUUCGUUCGCACCGAUGCUAGUUGGGUUAUCAGGCUGCCAGAUAAUAUACCUUAUGUUGAUGCAGCCAGCAUACCGCUAGUGUUUGCCACAGCGUACUACUCUCUUGUCACGGUGGCCAGACUGUCAGAAAACGAGACCGUUCUUAUCCAUUCCGGCGCCGGAGGAGUUGGACAAGCAGCCAUUCAAAUCGCACAGCGGAUCAACGCCAAAAUAUUCACCACAGUUGGUUCUCCCGAAAAGAAGGAACUUCUUCAAGAUCUAUAUGGAAUACCAGAGAGUCAUAUUUUCAACAGUCGUGAUACUACUUUCGCAGAGGGACUCCAAAAACAUUGCCCAGAUGGAGUAGAUGUGGUGCUCAAUUCGCUACGGGGUGAGCUUCAGGAAGCUUCGUGGAAAUGUAUUGCGCCGCUCGGUCGGUUCGUGGACGUUGGCAAGGCGGACUUUGAGUCAUCACGCAAGGGAUUGAACAUGAAGCCCUUUCUAACGAAUGUGUCUUUCUCCAGCGUUGAUCUAUCUAUUGUCAUGGAAAAGGCGAAACCCGUCAUGGCGAAGAUUAUGAGUGCCAUCAGGGACCACAUGACUGAUGCUGUAAACCCUAUAACUCCCCCUCAACCGUUGCAGGUUUACCAAGUUGGUAAUCUCAAGGACGCGUUCCGCCAUAUGGCAAGUGGUAAGAGUAGCGGAAAGAUUGUUCUGGAUAUGAAACCUACCAACGAAGUUCCGAUUGUACCAAGUCGAUGCCCACGAUAUAAUUUCGACCCUAAUGCUACAUACGUGAUCGGUGGUGGUCUUGGUGGGCUUGGUCAGACAUUAGUCGACUGGAUGGUUGGACGGAAGGCUAGACAUUUCAUCCUUCUAUCUCGUUCUGGGGCUGCGAAGAACGAAGCAGCUCAGGAAAUGAUUGCUAGACAUACCGCUAAUGGCAUUGAAAUAAAAGCCCCAAGCUGCGAUGUUGCUGAUGAGGACGCUGUGAGAGCAGUUUUUGAAGGGCUUUCUCAAACCAUGCCCCCCAUUAAAGGCUGUAUCCAGGGCUCCAUGGUUCUCCGAGACGGACUCCUCAGCUCAAUGAGCGCUGCGGAUUGGAAUGCUGUUCUUCGUCCCAAGACACAGGGCACAUUGAAUCUCGCCGCCCAUCUCCCACAAGAUAUGGACUUCUUCGUAUUACUGUCGUCCAUCAGUGCCAUCUCGGGCUCCCGUUGCCAGGCGAACUACUCAGCAGCCAACUCUUACAUGGACGCCCUUGCACAGGAUCUCGUUGCCCAAGGCCGACGCUGCCUCAGCUUGAACCUCGGCGUUAUCAAAGAUGUCGGGAUCGCGGCACAACUCGGCACUAAUGCUGCUCUCCGCCGUGACGGAUUUGAGGGACUGACCACGCCCGAGCUACUCGCUUUGCUUGAUUAUGCGUGCGAUCCAAAAUGUCCUCGAGCAACACACCCACAGAGCGCGCAAUUGAUUGCAGGAUUGGGCGCAGCAAUGACAUUACCAUCGGAGCAUUUCGAAAGCGUGUAUUGGACUCGGCGACCCAUGUUCCGCCAGCUGCAGGAAGUCAAUCGAAUCACCUUCCAGAAUGCAGACAGUGGCGGCGCUAAGUCUGCCAAGGGCGCAGAUAAUUUCGGACGUCUCCUUGCUGAUGCGUCGGAUGAGACUGCUGCAGCAGAUGUUGCACUCAAAGGGCUGGUCAACAAGCUGGCCAAAUUGUUGAAUGUGCCGGAAACAGACGUCGAGACACGAACACCCCUACAUAGCUUUGGAAUCGACUCAUUGGUGGCACUAGAAAUUCGGUAUUGGGUUUCAAAGGAAUUGAAAACGGAAUUGAGCAUUUUCGACAUUAUGCAGGCUGGAGGGUUGGCAGACCUUGCCGGUGUGAUCGCUCAGAAGAGUGAGGCAAGAACAAAGCAAUAG